AUGGAUUCAGAGCUUUCCUUCUCAGAAAUUCCAUAUGAGGUUUGGGAUACGUCUAUCCGUGUGGCCAGACAUCGCGAAGCGAUCAAAUUUAUAUAUGAUCCCAAAAUGUCCAAAAACCGCCUGUGUGGGUGGAAUGUUGCGUUCGGAUCCGUAGAGGCCGCCGCACAAGUCGAACAUGUGAAAUACUGCCUGAUAGACUUGGUCGUGAACGCCAGCGCCAAAGACGAGGAAUGGUAA